AUGAAGGUUACCCCUGUUGACGAGCGCAUUCUGCUUGUGAGAAUGAAGCACACUCGGGGCUUCAUUUCUUUAGUGGCAGUCUACGCUCCUACUGAGGAAAGUGGGCUCCACACCAAACUGGACUCCGUAGUGGAUCAGUGUCCCCAGGGGGACAACCUCAUGGUAUUGGGGACUUCAGUACGGUCACUAGCACUGACAGGGAAGGAUACGAGCUAUGGCUAUGACUUCGCAAGAUCUAGGAGGCUGAGGAUUGCGGGUUCUUGGUACCAGAGACGAGAUUUACACCGCUGGACUUGUUACUCCUAUACUGGCGAUGUAGCUAAAGGAAUCGACCAUUUUCUUGUGGAUACUUGCUGGAGGAUCCUUCAAAACUGUAGAGUUUUUAGGAGUGCUGGGUUUUUUGUUACCGACCACAGAUUCAUUGUUGCAACAGUAAGACUCCGCCUCAGAUCUGGACGCAUCCCUAGAUCUCACCAGCAGGUGUCUCAUCUCGAGAGGCUCAAGAGUGAGGAGGUGGCCCAGGAGUAUGCAGUGGCAGUCUCAAAUCGGUUUGAAGGCUUGGCACUCUACAGGACCCUGCUGAACUGUGGGAUACCUAUAAGAGGGAAACCCUAUCAGCUGCUGAGGAGUGCCUUGAAGUCCGACCUCGGCGAAGGAGGCGUGUUGUCUCGGACGAGAUGCUGA